UGGUUAACUUUGCAGUUCCUAAACCUGUUUGUGUAUUCAACAACACGGAAUACUCGCCAGGCAGCAGUGUGCCUAUGAGACAGUGUGAAACCUGUGUGUGUAGUAACAAACUGGAAACUGAUGGCUUACUUCACAGGGUUGAAUGUGAGCCUAUUACAUGUAACACUUCCUGUCCACCGUGCUUCGAGCUACAGGACGCCACAGAGGGACAAUGCUGUAGAAAGUGUGUGCAGAUCGGUUGUCCGGUUGGGUAUUCGGGAAACCUCACACAAUGUAUUCCUGUCAAUGGUAUCUGGAGUCCACCUGGGAAUAAGUGUGAUAAGUAUGAGUGUGUGAAGAUCGGGAGCAGCUUCAUCACUAUGGAGGCCAGGACUCUCUGUCCUUCCUACAACCCCAGUGACUGCAUUCCUGGCACAGAGGUCAUGGCACCUGAUGGUUGCUGCCAUUUGUGUGUGAGAAAAUGCAACCGGACAACAGAAUCUACACACCUGCAGCAUAAUGGCUGCACAUCCUCCCAGAAGGUUGAAUUGACGACUUGUCAAGGUCUUUGUCCAACAUACUCCUGGUUUUCCCAGAGUACAAGCAUGUUUCAGCGCUCCUGCUCCUGUUGCCAGGAGGUUAGCACCAGCAAAAGAGAGGUGGAGAUGGUCUGCCCUGAUGGCUCAAAGUUCAAUUAUUCAUAUGACUACAUUGAGCAGUGUGGCUGUCUUCAGUCAACAUGCACCACCAUGGAAAAAACACCGACUAAAAAGCUUAGAAGAAGACGUUAAUGAGUUAGCGCAUCUUUGCACCUCUUACUACAAAUCACCUGAUCUAUUUGUGUCACAAACGUAGUGUAAU